CUUGAUCCUUAUCUAACUAUACAUUACGUGCUAUAUGUAGCAGCCACCUGAAUAAAAAGUCGUCAGAAAGAAUAUUGCCAUAAAGUACUGCAUCGUACUUUCAACAGUGAAAGAGUAGAUAUCUAACUAGAAGUAGUUGCUAUGGCUGCGCUUAUUGGCAGGGGUAUCAUGCAAGCACUCUCGUAAUACAGAAGUAAUAAUCAUUAAAAAGAUACAGAAACAUUGCACCUCAAAGUAAAAAAAAAAAACAGAACCAGGAAUAUUCAAGCACACGUUGUUCUCUGUGUGUAAACAGCGAACCAUAAUUACCCUUGAAAUGCAGGCCUUACAGACGCCAACUCUAUGGACAGUACCCGCCCUAGGUGUGGCAGCACUAGUCGCAAGUAUUAUUAAACGCUUUUUUAGAAGGACCAGAAAAUUCGAUGUUCCCACGGUCGGAGUAGACACAAGUGAUGUCGAAUCUCUCAAAUCACGUUAUGUACAUCAAGCAGACGCCUUGCUCCGUGAAGGCUAUGAGAAAUUCAACGACGGUAUCUUUCAGGUUGCAACUCCCGAUGGCCCACGCGUGUUCCUCCCGAGGAGAUUCGCCCAUGAGUUGAAGCCUUUUAGUCGACAUGAAGCUAGCGGCAUGAAGGCUUUGGCCGAUCGUCAUAUUGGCCAAUACACGACGAUCGAUCACGAGAGUGACAUCAUGUUGGGUGCUAUCAAGAUCGAUCUAAACCGUAAUCUUGGUAACUUCGUUGAAGACGUCGAGAAUGAAGUUGCGCACUGCUUUACUAUCCAGUUCCCUCCCUGCGAUGACUGGACGCCGAUAGAUCUACAUGAGAAGUUGCUCCGCGUUGUGGCACAAGCUUCAGCUCGCAUUUUCGUUGGUCGUCGCAUGUGUCGUAAUGAGGAAUGGCUACAAUGUAGCACAAAGUUCGCGCUAGAUGUCAUGACUGGAGGCGAGAAACUGAAGCACUGGCACCCAUGUCUAAGGCCGCUAGCUCAAUAUCUCGUGCCUGAGAUGACUUGUAUUCGUGGUGAUCACCGUCGGGCUUUUGAACUUUUGCUCCCAGAAUUAGAAAAGCGGUCUAGGGAUUCAAUUGGGAAAGAAUCGAAACCAUGCAAUGACAUGAUAGAAUGGAUGCAGCAAAGAGGUAAAAAGCUCGGAGAUAAAACAUUUGACAACAAGGAGUUAGCAAAUCUCCAAAUGUUGACGGCGACCGCUGCAAUCCACACAACUAGAUUAGCUAUUAUUCAUGCUCUCUACGACUUAGCAGCAAGGCCAGAAUAUAUCGAGCCUCUAAGGAGAGAGAUAGCCGAGGUUACAAAAAGUAGCAAUGGCGCGCUUCGAAAGCAACAUCUAACGCAAAUGAAAAAGUUAGACAGCUUUAUGAAAGAGUCACAAAGACAUAACCCCCCCUCAGUUGCAACGUUUCAGCGCAAAGCCAUGAUCCCCAUUGAUCUCUCGAACGGCUUCCAUAUUCCCGCGGGCACGAUUGUGCAAUGCAACACGAACAUGCUAGAUGAGGCACCGGUCGAAUGGGGAGAUCCGCACGCCUUCGACGGGUUCCGCUUCUACAAGUUGCGCAGCAAGCCCGAGGAUGCGAAUAAGUUCCAGUUCGCAAGCACAUCGUACGACAGCAUGCAGUUUGGAUUCGGCAACGACGCCUGCCCGGGCCGCUUCUUUGCUAGCAAUCAGAUCAAGAUUAUCUUAGCGUACAUCCUCUCGCACUACGACUUCAAAUUCGAGGAUGGCGUUACUGGGCGGCCUAAGAAUAUCAUGUUCGAGGUUAAUGUCCUUGCUGACCCGACAGUCAAAGUCUUGUUCAAGAGGUUGCAGUGAGAUGAAUGGGAUAUUGGAGUAUUUUGAAGUUGAUGAUUGAACUCGGGCGCAUGGGCUGUCGUUGUUAACCAGGGAGGAACAUUGAUGAUGUAUACACUUAGAUUUUAUAGUUCAAUGCAUGUGGUGAUUGACA